GAUGGAGGACGUGGUAGACGAGACCAUGAGCCAGGACGAGGUCGACACCGAAAAGAUCAAGCUUUUGCCUGGGUCCACGCCUGAUGGGACAGCGGCAUCUUUCCAGAUCAGCGAUGAAGACCACACGCUAGGAAAUGCGCUGCGGUAUAUGAUAAUGAAAAACCCAGAGGUUGAGUUUUGCGGAUACUCGAUUCCACACCCAGCAGAGAGCAAGAUGAACAUCAGAAUCCAAACUUAUGGCGGCAUGAGCGCUGUGGAGGCGCUCCACAAAGGACUCGAUGACCUUGUUGAUCUGUGCAGUCAUGUGGAAGACGUUUUCGGAGAAAAAAUCAGUGCAAGAGACUACGGCACUGAGGAACCUUAGAGGCCUCAGCGGAGGCUUGUAUAGAGCGAAUAGCUACUCAAAAUGUAUUUUA